AUGGCGGGGACAGCCAUGUGCCGGGAGUGCACGGAGGGGGAGCGGCGGGAGCACCGGGACCACCACACGGUGCCGCUGCGGGAUGUGCUGGAGCAGCACAAGGCGGCCCUGCAGCACCAGCUCGAUGCCGUGCGCGCCAGGCUCCCGCAGCUGGCAGCGGCCGUGGGGCUGGUGGCCGAGAUCAGCCGGCAGCUGGGGCAGCGCCGGGCCGAGGCUGAGGCCGAGAUCGGGAGCAGCUUCGAGGAGCUGGAGGCGGCUCUGCGGCAGCGGCGGGAGGUGCUGCUGCGCGACCUGGAGGCCACCUGUGCUGCCAAGCAGCAGGUGCUGGAGGCGCAGCUGGAGGUGCUGCGGCAGGGCCAGGAGAGCAUCCUGAGCAGCUGCGCGUUCACGGAGCAGGCGCUGCACCACGGCUCGGCCACAGAGGUGCUGCUGGUGCAGAAGCAGAUGGGCGAGCGGCUGCGGGAGCUGGCGGCACGGCCCUUCCCUGAGCACCCGCACGAGAACGCGCAGCUCGAGUUCCGUGCUGAGCCCGAGGGGCUGCGCCGCUCCAUCCAGAACCUGGGCGCGCUGCUGACCACCAGUGCCACGCGCAAGGAGAACCCCAUCGAGGAUGAGCUCAUCUUCCGCGUCGGCAGCCGCGGCCGGGAGAAGGGCGAGUUCACAAACCUGCAGGGGAUCUCCACGUCCAGCGCCGGCCGCAUCGUUGUGGCUGACAGCAACAACCAGUGUGUGCAGGUGUUCAGUAACGAGGGGCAGUUCCGGCUGCGUUUCGGGGUGCGGGGGCGCUCCCCAGGGCAGCUCCAGCGCCCCACGGGGGUCUCUGUGGACACCAAUGGCGACAUCAUCGUGGCCGACUACGACAACCGCUGGGUCAGCGUGUUCUCACCUGAGGGCAAGUUCAAGACGAAGCUGGGUGCAGGGCGGCUGAUGGGCCCCAAGGGUGUCGCCGUAGACCGCAAUGGGCACAUCAUCGUGGUGGACAACAAGGCCUGUUGCGUCUUCAUCUUCCAGCCCAAUGGGAAGCUGGUGGCGCGUUUCGGCUCCCGCGGCACCGCCGAGCGCCAGUUUGCAGGGCCCCACUUUGUGGCUGUCAACAACAAGAACGAGAUCGUGGUGACUGACUUCCACAACCACUCGGUGAAGGUGUACAACGCAGAGGGCGAGUUCCUGUUCAAGUUUGGGUCGCACGGGGAGGGCAACGGGCAGUUCAACGCGCCCACGGGGGUGGCUGUGGACAGCAACGGCAACAUCAUCGUGGCCGACUGGGGCAACAGCCGCAUCCAGGUGAUCCGGUGGAUGUGA